AUUUCAGCUGUGUGUAGAACUGCGCUCCGUCAGUUGCCAUUCCGUUGUGCACAAUGAAGCUUCUAUUGGUGGUCUGUACGCUCCUGUCGCUGGCCCUGUGCCUUGUCCCUGGCCAGGCGAGCGUUGUCCGUGGGACUCGCGAUGCCACCGAUGCUGCCGCAGAUGCCGCUGACGUUGCGCUUGGUGCUGACUCCACCGAGAACGAGGUGAAUAUUGACUCUGGCGAAUCGCAGGAAGCGGUCACCGUACCGCUGGGCAUUGCCUCCAUCAAGGCACGCGUCAUAGCCAAGGAUCGAGCCCUGUGCCAGCAGCUGUCUCGCUACCAUCCCCACUAUCCCAAGUGCCACGAGUACUGCAAGCGGCAGGACCAUUGGAUAGGCCAGUGCUGGAGGGAGAGCUGUCACUGCAUAUCGUAGG